AUGCAUAUCAACAUCCUCAGCAUUUUUGGGGCCCUCUCCACGAUGGCUGUUUUGGUCUCCACUGCUCCCUCCGGCGGUCACGUAUCUUCCGAAGUCAAGCUGCGCGACCUCCCGGUGGUCUCUCGCGCCGGCACCGACCACUCGCCGGUCAAGGACGCCAACACCUUCGGCAAUAACGGACCCUCCGACUUCAAGCCAUACAACAUCACGCUGCCCGCUCUCCCGAGCGCCGACCACUCCGAGAAAGGUGGUGGCGUGGUGGCGACCAUCUCGCUCGACACCGAGGAGCCGAACGCCUACCUCGUCACGAUCCGCUCCACGUCCGAGGUAGAGUCCACCAGUGCUCUCGGUAAGAUCUACUGCAAGACUUCCUGGGCCUCCCCCACCUUCGACGAGAUCAACUACUGCAUCGGCCGCAUUGCUGCGUAUGCCUCUAACACCUGCACCCAGGACAACAUCGGCGGCAGCAAGUGCAGCACUAUGCACAAGUGGAAGGGUGGCGACAUCUCCUUGUGCGGCCGCUACAAGAACAAGGUUCCCUGCCAGAUCAUUGCCGAAGCUUCUAUGUUGAUCAAGGAGGUCUGUGGUGAUUGGCCGAAGAGCAGGGCUGGUGGAGAGUUGAAGUUCAGUAGGGAUAUUAUGGGUGGCAAUAUGCGAGCUGUGGUUCAUUAG